AUGGCCGAGGGCGGCGGGGGCGCGCGGAGGAGGGCGCCGGCGCUGCUCGAGGCGGCCCGCGCGCGCUACGAGAGCCUUCACAUCUCGGACGACGUGUUCGGCGAGUCCGGCCCGGACAGCAGCGGGAACCCCUUCUACAGCACGUCUGCCGCCUCGCGCUCCUCCUCGGCCGCCUCCUCGGACGACGAACACGAGCGCCCCGGCCCCCCGCCGCCGCCCGGCGCCCCCGACGCGCAGGAGUCCGACGAGGACGAGGCCAGCGCGGGUUGGAGUGCCACGCUGCGGGACCGCCCGCCCCCGCGCUUCGAGGACACCGGCGGUCCCACCCGAAAGAUGCCGCCCGGCGCCAGCGCCAUGGACUUCUUCCAGCUCUUCGUCCCGGACAACGUGCUCAAGAACAUGGUGGUGCAGACGAACAUGUAUGCCAAGAAGUUCCAAGAGCGCUUCGGCAGCGACGGCGCCUGGGCCGAGGUGACGCUGACGGAGAUGAAGGCGUUCCUGGGCUACAUGAUCUCCACCAGCAUCUCCCACUGCGAGUCGGUCCUGAGCAUCUGGAGCGGUGGCUUCUACAGCAACCGGAGCCUCGCCCUGGUCAUGAGCCAGGCCCGCUUCGAGAAGAUUCUCAAGUACUUCCACGUGGUGGCCUUCCGCUCCAGCCAGACCACGCACGGCCUCUACAAGGUCCAGCCCUUCCUCGACUCCCUGCAGAACAGCUUCGACUCUGCCUUCAGGCCUUCCCAAACCCAGGUGCUACAUGAACCCCUGAUUGACGAGGACCCUGUGUUCAUUGCCACGUGCACGGAGCGGGAACUCCGAAAGAGGAAAAAGCGGAAAUUCAGCCUCUGGGUCAGGCAGUGCUCUUCCACUGGCUUCAUUAUCCAGAUCUACGUGCACCUGAAGGACGGCGGGGGCCCCGAUGGGCUGGACGCGCUGAAGAACAAGCCGCAGUUGCACAGCGCGGUGGCCCGGAGCCUGUGCCGGAACGCGGCAGGCAAGAACUACAUCAUCUUCACGGGGCCCAGCAUCACCAGCCUGACCUUGUUCGAGGAGCUGGAAAAGCAAGAGAUCUACUGCUGUGGCCUGCUCAGCUCCAGGAAGAGCGACUGCACCGGCCUGCCCCUGUCCAUGCUGACCAACCCGGCCACGCCUCCGGCCCGGGGCCAGCACCGCAUCAAGAUGAAGGGCAACAUGUCUCUGAUCUGCUGGUACAACAAAGGGCACUUCCGCUUCCUGACCAAUGCCUACUCGCCCGUGCAGCAAGGGGUGAUCAUCAGGAGGAAGAGUGGGGGGAUCCCCUGCCCCUUGGCCGUGGAGGCGUUCGCUGCUCACCUUAGCUACAUCUGCAGAUACGAUGACAAGUACAGCAAGUAUUUCAUCUCUCAUAAACCGAACAAGACCUGGCAACAGGUGUUCUGGUUCGCCGUCAGCAUUGCCGUCAACAACGCCUACAUCCUCUACAAGAUGUCUGAUGCCUACCACGUGAAGAGGUACAGCCGGGCUCAGUUUGGCGAGAGACUGGUGAGGGAGCUGCUGGGCCUGGAGGAGGCCUCCCCCACCCACUGAUGCCGCCGCGGCCAGGCUUAGGGGAGGACCAGGGCCGGGAGCCUGGAGGAGGGAGAGAGGCUGCCGUUCUGACCUGCCCAGCCAGAGCCCUGGGGCGCCCCUGGGGGGUUGGGCCUGGCCCA